AUGAACGAGCUCAACAUCGGCACCAUUGAGCGGCGGAAAAAAGAUUUGCAGGACUGGUUCCCAAAAACAUACACGCACCUUGAAAUUCCUCCCGUACAGCGAAUUCGUUGUCUAGCACUUGGCUGUCCUUCAGAUGGAAUCAAUGCUCAGUACCAGCUAGCAUUUUUGCUUCUCCUCAAAGAGAAAUUGGGCGUCUCCGACGUCACAGUGUAUGACCCGAUCUUUCAGAAAGACGAUCUGGACCUCCUGAGACACUACGAUCUUGUUGUGCAGAAAGACCACCCUGACGACAACGGCACGCUAUGGUACAUACCCCAUGGUCCGUUUUCUCUCGUAAAAGAGCUGGCUUCCGGAAUGAGCGUCUAUUUGGGCAACGACAUGGUCAGAUUCGAACCGCGAGUGCCGGUCACCGCGGAAGAUGACGCUAAACUCGAGGCAUUGCGCAAAUCAAACAUUAAGGCUCUUAACGUCGACAAAAAGGACCGCUGGUUCACGGCAAUGAACGAUAUGGCAUUACAUGUAACAAAGAGUUAG